AAUCUUAAAAUAAUAACAAACACGAUAGAAGUGGACAAAGCAUUAUUGAAGGACCAAGAUUUUAAAACUGAUUUGGAGUGAGAAUUCCUUGGAUUUUAGAAAACUCGACUUGUUAUCGAUAAUGUACACAUUUUUUUUUCUGUGUUAUUAUGUGCUAUUUAUAUGUGAGGCCUAUAAGAUUUUAGUUGUAUAUCCCAUGCCAGCAAUCAGUCACAAGAUCCUUGGCGAUGGAAUAGUGAGACCACUAUUGAAAUCUGGACAUGAGGUGACGUACAUAACCCCUUAUGAAUACAAGGAUCCCCCAUCGAAACUGCGCCAGAUCGACGUCAGCUCUAAUUCCAAAUUGAUACCACCUGAUAUCACAAUAAACCUUCAUCAGAUAUUAAAUGGGGAAAUGACACCAGCUGAUAGAAUGGAUUUGGUCGAUAUCAUGAGAGCAAUAGCCGUGGAGACAUUGGAGAACAGAAAUGUUCAAAAUCUGUUGAAGGAUCCAAAGGAACAAUUUGAUGUUGUCAUCGUGGAGUGGAUGCACGUCAGUCUUAUGUCUGGGCAAUGGGUGGAGGGGCGGUACGGUGUUUUGACGUAUCGCCUCACGCAGAUGCUGACCGGACACGGUGCUUUCGGGCACUACCUGUUUCGGGUGGCCCGAAGGGAGGUCACCACAGUGUGUCAUCAGUGCGGUGACGCGGAUGACACCGCACUUCACACACUGGCCGCGUGUCCGGUCUUUGCGGAGCCUCGCGCCGAACUUGUGUCUGCGCUGGGUGGAGUGGACGUCGCCGAGUUGUCGGCUAAAAAAAGGGUAAUCGUAAUAUUAUAUUUCAGUUUGGCAGCUUUAUUUGGCUGUCCUCUUAUCUGGAUGUCUCCCGUGGAAACCCACUCAGGAAUCAUCAGUCUCAUCGAUGCAGCCCCCAACCCUGCUUACAGUACCGAUUCUCUUUCAAAAACAUUACCACCUUUUACAUUCAAUCAACGGGUGGCAGAAUUAUGGAGAAGAAUAACAGAGCGAUUCGAAGAUUAUGUGUACUUUGAUGAUUUAGAAGAAUUAGAAUACUACAGACUGAUAGUGCCACAUAUAUUGACGAGGGGACGUCUGCCUUCAGCGUACGAGGAUGUUCGGUACAACAUAUCCCUGGUACUGAGUAUUUCAAGGGUACCCUUGGGAUUGGGCAGUCUACCACAGAAAUAUAAACCUUUGGGAGGAUACUUUAUUAAUGAGGAGGUAGCACCGUUAUCAGAGGAAUUAAAAUUAAUAAUGGAUAGCAAUAAAAAUGGAGUCAUAUACUUCAGUAUGGGCACCAAUUUGGAUACUAAAGAUUUACCAGGAAACAUCAAAAUCGGUCUUCUUAAAGUAUUUGGGGAUCUAAAGCAGACUGUACUAUGGAAGAUGGAAGAAGAUCUACCAAAUUUGCCAGCCAAUGUUCAUAUCAUGAAAUGGGCUCCUCAAAUGAGCAUCUUAUCUCACCCAAACUGUAUUUUAUUCAUAAGUCAUGGUGGUCUACUAUCGUUAAUAGAAGCAAUUCAUACCACCAUUCCUGUCAUUGGUAUUCCCGUCUAUGGCGAUCAGUUUGUGAACAUCAAAAGGGCUGUGACUGAGGGCUAUGCUUUAGAAGUAGAUCUUUCUCAUUCCCUUGCUGAAGACUUGAAAGUUGCUAUACAAAAAAUGUUACACGAUAUAAGGUACAUGAAAAGGAUAAAAGAAAUAUCCUUAAUUUUCCACGAUCGUCCAAUGAAGGCCGCGGACGAGCUGGUGUACUGGGUGGAGCACGUGGUGCGCACGCGCGGCGCUCCGCACCUGCGCUCGCCGGCGCUGCUGGUGCCGCUCUACCAGCGACUCUAUCUAGAUCUGGUUGCACUUGUAGCAUUCGCAGUCGGGUUAUUUGUUCGACUAUUGAGACGGAUAUGCUUCAGAAAGAAAAAGGAUGUGAAGAAGAAAAACCAAUGAGUGGAUUAUCAUUUCAAUUAAAAUUGUGGUGGCCUUGCAGUUUUUUGUACGAAAUGCAGGUUCGAUCCCAACGCAAGCAAGUGCUUAAUGUGAAUUUUUCGAAGUUAUUUAUACUUUCUUAAUUUUUAUAAAUGCCUUAACCUUUUCUGAAUGGGAAGAAGCAAAGCACUGGAACGUAUACCUAUAUAGGCUGGUAUUUCAAAUCAUAUUUC